AUGGGCAGUACAGUGCAUGAUUAUAAGUAUACCGUCCAGGUUAAAAGUCGUUUCGAUCUCUUUGCCAAGGAUGGUUUUAACGUUGAGGAUUCUUCCAAGGCAGCAAAGCCGCGUGAAAAACGCGAUAGACGUUCAUCUGGCAAGGCUAAACUGGAAGUAAUUGAGAAGGCUAAUGUCAAAGAGGCAGGAUCUCAGAUGGAGAGUCUAGGGGAUGUUAAAAAAGGCAAUCAAAAUCCUACUGAAACUUCCAGGAAUGAUCGCUCCAAGGGUGGAAAGCCUGGGCCCGCAGAUCAAAGAAAGGAUCGUCGCUCUGGGUCUGACAAGACGGGAGUCAAAGCCGUUCCGAAGAAAGAUGGUUAUGGAAAGUCAAAUUGGGGAACUAUGGAAGAUGAGCUUGAAGCUCAAACUGAGGAAAUUAACGUCGAUCAACCUGUGGAAGAAGAAGAAGCCCCGGAGCAAUCCGCUACUCAAGCACCUGUUGAGGAGCAGCCGAAGACUUACACUCUUAAAGAAUAUAAAGAAAUGAAGAAAAAGCCUAGCGUCACUUUGGCAACUAGCAAGGUUCGACGACCUAAUGAUGGCAAAAACGUUUUCAGUGACAUGGUUGUUUUGCAUGAUUCACAACCGGUUGAAACCAAAGUAGAAGUGGUUCUUGAGGAUCCUAAGGAAGCUGAACAAGAAGCCGAUAAGCCAACUUUCUUCAUGUUCGGUCGUGGUGGUGCCAGUAACUCUAGUCGACCAUUUCCAAGGGGCGGACCAAGAGGAGGGCGAGGAGGUAGAGGUGGGCCAAGAAACGAUCCGCCUAGAGACCGCAAACCUGUUGAACAACAUGACGAAGCUACUGCUGAUGAACCAAAAGCAGCUUCUGAAGAGAAAGUCAAUGAAAUGGAGGAGCCUAAACCAACUAAUGAUCGGCGUGGAAGAGGUCGUGGUGGUGAAAGCGGACGUCCAUUCCGAGGACGUGGAACAGGUGGUCGAGGUGGUUUUUCAUCGGAUCGCGGCGGUAGAGGUGGUUUUACAUCGGAUCGUGGAGGUAGAGGCCGUGGUGGUUCAACACAAGAUGGCGAGCGGUCCUUCCGCGGUGGUGCACGGGGUUCCGCACGUGGGGCAGGCGGACCUAGAGGAGGGUUCUCUGCCGGUGAACGUGGAGGUCGUCCAGAGGGUGGUCGUGGCGGAUUUCGUCGAGGAGGCCGUGGAGGUGGUUUUGAUCAUCCUGAAGGAGCUUUCCGUGGUAAACAUCAUCAGCAAAGUGCUGCUCCUCGUAUGGAUAGUGACACUGACUUCCCGGCCCUUAAGUAG